AUGGAGUACUAUGGACCACCACACGCAAGACUAUCGGGAUCUCCACUCAAACAACUGAAAAUCCUCUGGAGAAAACAUUUCCCAAAGGUCCUACCACCUUUCCUGUCAGUUACAGACGAGCUCCUAGAUAGGAUAUCCAAGCAUCUCAACCCGCUAGACAAAGCAAGUCUCGCACUCACCUGUGCGAAUUUCUAUAUCUCAUUUGAGCUUACUCAAGUUCGAGGUGUCGAUUCGAUACUCCGCACCCCAGAGCUCCAAUACCCCCCAGUAUGUCUUCGAAGAGAGCAUCCGUUUAUUCACAACGAACUAGAGUUGCAUCCUCGAACAAAGCUCGUUCGGAGUCUUGAAAACGCUCGUUGGAGAUAUUGCCCCGACUGCUCCAAGUUACACCCCCGAUCUGGGUGGAAUGAGCCUAUUUUCAAACCACUCUUGAAGAAAUUGUGGCCUGGCAAAUAUCCUUUUCCCAUUGAGCGAUUGAAUUACAGAUUCAAAUCGACGGAUCACUUAGGAUUCAGACAACCGAAACCACUAUCGUUUGCCCAAACACGGUGUAUGCCUUCCGCCGGCGUUGUGGAUGUAUGUCCCUGUUUAGCAAUCACAUUUCGACAAAGACUUCUCCUAUCCAAUAUGAUAAUAAACCAGAGGUGGAAAAUACCUCGAGGAAAGGAACAUAUCUUCGAGACUGAACGCUAUCCUGAUCGGUUCACGAAGUGGCCCAAAAUGUCAAUUACUCACUACUGCGAGGAAAUAGUGAAAAUGCACACGGAAGCGUCUAUCGAGACAAGUUUUAUCAUAAUGCAAGGCUGCCUGAUUGUUGAAAACCAUUAUAGAUUUAAUUUCUAUCGGAAACUUUUGAUUGCUCGGCCUGAUCUAAAACCACCAGAGCAAGGUGCUUCAAAUGCCCAGAUCGUUUCGUGGGUACGAAGAUUUAAAAGUUUCUUGGAUAGCAAUGGGCAUCCUGCUCUUGGUGAUAAGUUCACUGUGGAUAUUCAGGCGGCGAAAGGGUUGAGUUGUCCAAAUAAACCAUUGCAAAAGUUCGAGGCGAAGAUUUACAUAAAUCUGGGCCAAGGGGAUGAGCCUGAUGAGCACUGGCUAAGACAUCGCCGGACUGUUUGA